CAUGGUGUUGCGACUAAACCCCCCCACAAACCGUUCCUCAGGUCGCGCAACGUUCAAGAAAUAAUAUUUUAUUCUAAUGAUUUUACAACGUUAUACUCACUCCUUUAUUUCCCGGGGAUAGUUCCCUUCAUCGCGAAGCCAUGAAUCGGGCGGUGACCUCGGUCACCAUCACCGACCCCUUUGUCAAGUAUACAUCCCUUAUUGCGACGGGUGUCUACAGCCCGGAUGCGGCCCAGUACCGCCUCGCUCACCACCUACAAGGGGUAUACGCGAGGCUAAAAGACUACACACCUUCGCACGAGUACAAGAUCAGGCUCCAACAGAUCACGAGCGCUGUGGGCGCGGCUCAGGCUACGGCGGGAGAGUCGCUCGCUUCUCGUACCCACCCAAUCCGCCGAAACCCGCUCUUUGCGCGCUUCUUUCAGAGGGACCAUGGGAGUGAUAGCCUGGCUUUGGCAAGGGUCUUGACAAGUUAUCAGGCCGCUUUGCAUGUUGACUCUCCACGGGGGCUCUUCCUUUCGGGCGAGGUUGGCACGGGCAAGUCAAUGCUUCUCGACCUCCUUGCCGAGGGUUUACCUACUCGCCGCAAGAAGAGGUGGCACUUCAACACUUUCAUGCUGCAUACCUUCUCAAGGUUAGAAGAGUUUCGAAAAUCUCGUCCGGAUACGUCCUCACAACAUCCCGAAUAUUCUUUGCUUUGGAUGGCCAAGGAGCUUGUGGAGAGUUCUCCCAUUCUGUUUCUCGACGAGUUCCAGCUCCCAGACAGGGCUGCGAGUAAGAUCAUGAGCAACCUCUUUGUUGCCUUCUUCCAGCUUGGUGGUGUUCUUGUCGCUUCCUCGAACAGAAUGCCUGAGGAGCUUGAGAAAGCGACAGGUGGCUAUUACGCGCCCCCAGCUACUGGUGGUCUGGUCGAGAGAGUUCUGGGCUUCGGAAAGAGCCGGUCUGGAGGCGAGUUGUUCGGUCAAACCAGCGAUUUUGCCGCCUUUCUUGAAGUCCUUAAGGCCCGGUGCGACUUUUGGCACAUGGAGGGGACUCAAGAUUGGAGGAGAAGGGAGAGCCGGGUAGGCCCCGUGGCGGAACCCGUUGGUAUGGUCACAGGAGUCCCUUCUCAGGUGGAGGCAACGGGCAACAGCACCAGUUUGGGACAGCAGAAAACCGAAGGCGAGACGCAGAUACCAGCUAUGUACUUCUUGCCGUCCGAUAGCGGAGAGAGUUGGGAAUCCGGGUUGCGGCAUGCGACGAGGUCAGCCGAUAGCUAUUCAGCAGCCCAAGGCCUAAGCUGGAAACCCACCAGCGUGGUAGUAUAUGGGAGGAAACUAGACAUCCCUCGGCACUACAACGGCGUCUCCUGCUGGGACUUUGCUGAGCUUGUCAGCUCGUUGGGGCCAGCGGACUAUGUCACACUGGCAUCUAACUUCCAUACCUUCAUUAUUGACCGUGUCCCCAUCUUGACGGUCUCCAUGAAGAACGAAGCGCGGCGUUUCAUUACGCUCUUGGAUGCGCUCUACGAAUCACGGUGCAAGUUGGUUAUCCGAGCUGAGGCCGACCCCGACCGUCUCUUCUUCCCCGAGACGAGGACAGAACAGGUGGGAGCAGACGCGGCUCAGGCCGUAACGGCGCGUGACGAGGGCACCGACGCAACGUACUCGGAGACGAUUGCCGAGGUUUACCAAGACCAAUUGUCACCGUUUCGCCCAAACAUAUCAACAUAUUCGGAGUCCCCCAACUCAAAGUACGACCCCGACCAAGACUCGGACUUUGGGAAGGAGCAGGACAGGAAGGUCGACUUCAGCAAGACGGGCGCGUUUACCGGCGAGGACGAACGGUUCGCGUACAAGCGGGCGACGAGCCGGCUGUGGGAGCUCUGCAGCGCGCAGUGGCAUGCGCGGAUGGGAGAUUGGUGGCAGCCGCUGCCGAAGGAAGCGAGGCACUGGGAAGGGAGGGCCGUGUCGAAACCGCCGCCUUCACCCUUGUCGAACCGCGCGCCGAGCGAGAUCACGAUGGGGGAAACCGUGGAUCUCGAGGAGCCCGCGGGCUUGGAACGGGUCCGGAUCGCGAGGCUAAAGAGUGAUGAGCAAUGAGGGAGAAAGCCAAGGUGUUCGUUUGGCUCGUCCCGUCCCGGGAACGGUACCCCUUGCCUGGGCAUGGUUGUCAGCCCGGUAGAGAACCCCUUUCCAUAGGCCGUCGAUCAUGAGGGGCAUCACGAC